AUGUCGUCCUCGCCUCAGGUACCGACCACCAACCUCAAGACAGAGGGGCGUCAAACCCGAGAUGCGAAUAGCAGCGGCACAACGGAUGCGACUCCAGAUCUGGCAAACCUGACGAUCCGCACGCCAGGCCGGCUCGCUGCCCGCGCCACCAGUGUGCCUCAGCGGACACCGACGACCCACACCACUAGGACCGGCGCCGGCCCAACCAGUUCUGGCGGGGCCCCUCGGACCGUCAAUGGCCUCUCGGCAUCCGCCCGCCGCCUGCGUGCCACGUCGGUCACCAAUACGGCAACACCCCACGCCCGCCGGGCGAUUGAGGUUUUCAAGGGCCGCCGGACCGCCAUCUUCAACACGCCCGGAGGCCGUCGAAAGACCCUGGGCGCCAACAAGCGUCGCGCGUCCCAGGGCGGCCCCGACCCGCAAAAGGACGGUCCUUUCGAUGCCUUGCGUCACCUGAGCAGGCGCCUGGCGCCUCAGACUCAGCGCGUCGUCACCUCGUCCAGCCCCGGGGACGUCAGCAGUGUCGCUGGCGGGGCGGAAUCCGCUCGCCGCGCGCGGGACCCGUCUGGGAUAUUUAUCGACGAGGACGACGAGGAUGACGACUCGGGGUUUAUUGAGCGUCGUCCCCGGUUGUCACUACCUAUCGACGCUGGGGAUGACGAUGAGGCUGAGCUGAGGCCGCCGAGGACUUCGGGCUUGGAGAACAUUGCCGAUGACACAGUCAUGUCCAUCGAAGCACCGCGCCGUGCCAUUAGCGACCAGCCUUAUAGGAGAGCCGGCCGAGAUAGUCUGCGGAUGAGCGAUUAUUUCGCAAACGGCCAAGACGACUUUACAGUUGAGGUCGGGCAUGAUUUCGACGACCCUAUACCACCCGCGUUUGACGCAGACGGCGACACCGUCAGACUGGAGGACGAUACAUACGAGAGGCUUGAUUCGCCACUGGGCCGCCAGGAAGCCAUGGCCGCGGGUCGUCAGAGCGACUUUGGCACGAUCGAGGUUCCUAUGGGUGUUGAUAGCCCUUUUAGGCUCGAGCCGGUUCUGCAAGACUCCUCUGACCCAGCACCGCUGCCACCACCAGACUUUGAUGAUUAUGGUGAUGGCUCGCCAGCACCCCAAAUGAACGGAGACGAAGAAGCUACGGAAUAUGACAAUGUCGUUGCCACGGCUGCAGAAGCAGCUGGACCUGGAUUUGGGGCGAUUGGUGGUGUUGAUGAUUUCGAAGACAUAGACGACGAAACCGAUAUGGCCGAUGACCGGCCGGACAAGCAGCUCGCUACAAAACUGCAAUCAAGGACAGGCAAGAAGAAAGCUGGUCUGAAAAUAUCCAAGUAUGGACACCCAUGUCCUUCAUUGCCACCUCCGGUUGUGAAGAGGCUGGCAGAGACCAUUGCUUGCACCAGCGGGAUCGGGAAUACCAAAAUCACUCCAGAGACGCUUCAGGCGUUGAUGCAAUCGACAGAAUGGUUCUUUGAGCAGAUGGGCGACGACUUGCGGGCCCUGGCCCACCACGCUGGCCGGAAGACCAUUGAGCAGAGCGACGUGGUCACGUUGAUGAAGAGGCAAAGGCAGAUCGACUCGCAGAUUACAUUGUUCUCGCUUGCUCAGAGACAUCUCCCGAGGGAACUGCUGCAAGAGCUGCGGAUGCCGGCUCGGGCACCUCUAAAGAAGCGCCGUAAAGCCACUGGUCAGGCCACGUCUCUUGAUGAGCCAUGA